AUGGGAAAUCAAACUUCUCAGUCUGAAUUCAUUUUGCUCGGCCUGUCGGACCUCAAAGAUUCUCAGAUUCCAGUAUUUCUGCUGAUCCUCCUGGUCUAUGUGGCCACACUGGCUGGGAAUCUUCUCAUUAUUUUCCUGGUGGCCUCAGUCCCUCAUCUCCAGACCCCCAUGUACUUUUUCCUGGGAAACCUCUCUGCUUUAGAUAUCUUCAAUUCCUCCAUUUCCAUAUCUCAUGUGUCUUUUGACGUCUUUACUGGAAACCGGCUGAUUUUAUACUCAACUUGUAUCACCCAGGUCUUCUUCUUCACCUGGUUUGUUGGCAUAGAAUCAUUUAUACUUGUGAUGAUGUCCUAUGAUCGCUAUGUAGCCAUUUGUCAUCCUUUGCGUUAUACAACCAUGAUAAGCCUUCAUUUGUGUGCUCAGGCGGCGUUCUUUUUCUGGCUCUUCAGAUUUGUCUGUUCCUCAGUGCACACACUGUGUACACUAAGACUCUCCUUCCCUGACUCCACCACCAUCCCAGGUUUGUUCUGUGAAUUUUAUCAGCUGAUUCAGCUCUCAUGUUCUGACACUUUCCUCAAUUACUUAAUUGUAUAUAUUGAUGCUGUAAGUUUUGGAGUCACUGGGUUUUUCAUUACUUUCCUUUCUUAUGUCUACAUCUUCAAAACCAUCCUGAAAAUUAAACUGAAGGAUGGAAGACAGAAAGCUUACUCCACCUGCAUUUCCCACCUCACGGUGGUCUUCAUCUUUUAUGGCACCGCUCUUUUCAACUACUUUCUUCCCAAAUCUAAGGAUUUUCUGGCAGGCAGAUUGAUGUCUGUAUUUUACACAGUUUUCACCCCUUUCCUAAACCCGAUUAUAUACAGCCUGAGAAACAGUGACCUGAAAGGCGCUCUUCAGAAAACUCUAUUUAGAAUGAGCUCUAUUCCAUGA